AUGCAUGCUAUUGAUACACAAGAACUUGACGACACUGUGGACAGUGGUGAAGAUCGUGUAAAUGAUAUUACUAUUGUUCCUGAAUGUGAACGUCCACUGCUGGAAGCAGAUGAAGGAAUUGGGGAAAUACAAGAAAUGGGCGUCACUGGAGAUCCAGAAAGUAAAGAUGAUUUUGUUACAGAAGCUGAUGACAACGAAAAUACUACUGAGCCUGAAAAUUUAUUGAUGCAGAAAUUAGGGAAAACGAGAAAUUUAUUCAAUCCUUUAGGUAAUUACAGCCGGUGGAAGACAGAUAUAUCAGUUAAGUUCUCCACUCUGAGUGAUGACGAGGUGUUGGUGUUAUUCUGUUUUCUGUGUUCUGACUCCGGUCCUCCUGACUUCACUGACACAGAGUGGCUGGACAUGCUUAAUGAGAUACGACAGAUAGUGUACCGUAAAGAGAAUCCUGUAACAAGUGAAGAAGCACAGCAGACUCUGGACAGACUGAAGUCACGUGAUUACCUUUGGGAAGAUCAGGACAAGAUAACGGAGGACACCAAGGAUGAGACAAUGUAUAGGAUAGCAUCAAAAAACAGUGUUAUACCAUUCUAUUACAGUAGUUAUGACACAGCCAGUGUGUAUCUGAGAUCACAGAUGUACAUCAGAAAACCUGGAGAGAAGUGUGUCACUGGUGGUACUUACUAUGAUCCUUUACUGAUUACUGCUUACACUGAUUACUUCCUGAUACGCCGUCUACAGAUGAACAUACUGACUCACGUCACCAUGGAGUUCACGACUAUAUAUGAUGACAUACACCAGAUAUUGAAUGUGUCAAACAAAAUACUGAAAGAGAGUGAAGAUAAAAGAGAAGAAUUUCUAAUGGAUCUAAGAAGAGGAGGGGAGGCUGUACAUUACAGAAGAAGAUCACAGGACAGUGUAGAUCACGUGACGUGGCUCUGGAGAUACGAGUUCUUGGCUAGACCUGACAUUGUGAGAUCCUGUAUAGGCCUCAAUCCACACAAUGACAUUUACAUCAUCGACAACAAAGCUUACAGAAAAACAAGUAAACACCAUAACUAUACACCGGAAGUCAGAUGUCUACUGUACUGCUUUUUGUUAACUGAGAAAUAUCAACUGAAUCUCAAUGAACAAUCACACAGAAUCACAAGGGACAAAAUCAGAGACAGAUAUUUCCCUGAUAUUACUGAUGACAGCUUGGUUGAUCUUCCUAAUGCAAUCACAAAAACACGUAAUGGUGUCAUAACCUUUAUAUCAGACGAUAUCCGACAUGACGUCAUGUACGCCUUUGUCACGGAGUGUCUGGUGGAGGACAGUGAUCUGGAGUUUUUCCUGACCACGGCGUCACGUGACGUGAUAUCAGAAUACUGCAGGUCCUGGUGGUACAAGAGGAGUGAGGGAGAGAAAUGUCUGUAUGUACCGUACAGACCGGAGGAGAUGUACGAGCUCUUCAUAGACAAACUACAGCUAGACAUCAUCACACACUGUACCGUGUCUGACAGGUUGUUUCAUGACAGUAUCAGUCAACGUUUGAACAUACCAGAAGAAGUGUUAAAAUGGGAUUUAGAAGAAAGAAAACGAUUUGUUGACAAAAUAAAUCAAGGCAGUGUCCCCAUGUAUCGUGCGAGAUGUCUCCUAGUUGGUUGUACGGGGGCAGGAAAGACAACUGUACUACGUAAUCUGAAGAGAAAGAAAGGAAAGGAAGAAACCAAACAACCAACAGAAACAACUAUAGGACUGGACGUUCACCAGGACCUGUUUCUUAUUGGACAAUCUGAGGAUGACAGUGGCAGCACUCUGUUCGACUAUGAAGGAAAUGCAUCUCCGAUUAGUGAAAAUGACAGCAAAGAAUUACUAAGUGUGAUGGACUUUGCAGGACAAGUGGCAUAUUAUGCUUGUCAUCAGGUCUACUUAUCACGCAGAGCAAUAUACCUAUUAGUCGUAGACAUGACCCAGGAUCUAACAACUAAACUACAACAAGAUGACAGAAACUGUGUUCUCGGCACUCUUUUCGAAGACUGGACUGCACUAGAUUAUUUCACAUUCUGGCUACAGACUAUUCGAACAUAUGGUCAGGAAGAUGGGGGCAAACGUUAUAACACGAAAUCUUACGACCCAGAAAGUAGUGAACGCGAGAAAAUUUUGACGCCUAUCAUUGUACUAGCAACGCACAGAGAUUCGUACAAAUAUUCAAAGGCCUACGAAGAGGAUACAUCUGCAUAUGGAAGUUUUUACGUCAAGCUACGGAAACAAAUUCCAGAAAAUAUUAAAAACCUUGUUUGUAAGCACUUUGAACUGGAACUUCCUCCACAAAAAAGAUCAAAAGAAGAGCUUCGAGAACUUGAAAAAGUUAGACGCUACAUUGCAAAAACAACAAAAUCACUUUCGCACUGGGGCGAAAAAGUACCGAAACAGUGGUCUGACUUCGAAGAAAUUAUUCGAGAAAAACAAGGAUUAAAAAUAUCAUCUCGGGAGGAGCUAAAGAAAUUUUCAGAAUACUUUUUGGAAGACGACUUUAAUGAUAUGCUGAAAUUCUAUCAUGAAAUUGGAAUGAUUCUGUAUUUUCCGGAUUUAGGACCUGAUGUCAUUCUGGACAUUCAGUGGUUUGUUGAUGCAUUUAAAUACAUUAUAACUGAUCGGAAGCAUGUAUCGAUAGAAAUGGCUACCGACGAAUAUUGGGAUAAAUAUUUUGAUGGUGGUGUGAUAACAGAAUCAUUGAUGCUCAAGAUAUGGGAGGAGAAGAUUGGCAGGGAUUCCCUUUAUGACAGAUACCUGAAUAGGAUUACACCUUUCAUGGAGAAACUUGGAAUUCUUGCGAAAAUGGAUAUGAAAUACACACAACAAAAUCAAUGCUACUAUGUCCCAAGCAUGAACAAGAGGCAUUUAGAAAAAGGGGAAAACUGGACCGAAUGGGAAAAAACACCAAUUAUAUCAUUCUAUUUCAAAACGUAUUUACCCCACUUCUUCUUCUUUCGCCUAGUAGUUGCAUGUUUUGCAUUUUGGGAUGCCAAAGAAGACAAUUUGUACAAAAAUUUAGCAUUAUUCAAAGGGACUGAAAAAGACGAGUACCACACUGUUGUUAUUGCAGUCAAUAAAACGUCAAUUCAACUGCAGGUACUUACUCCAGGAAAUGACAUACCACUAUGUAAGGAAAGAACAAGAGAAAUCCGUUUACAGAUAGAAAAGAAAAUAGCAGAGCUAACAAAAACAUUUCAUGGAAAUGUAGAAUAUGAGAUCGGCUUCCCUUGUCCAUGUGAACCUUUUUUCAUUACACAGGAAGAUGAAAAACGUUUUAUUUCUGAAAGGGAGCUUCAAGAAAUUUCUACAGAAAAUCCACCAUGUCCUAGGUGCGACGUUUUUUCCAAAAAAAGAAUAAAAGUAAAAGAACUUUUGGAGAUUUGGGGGAAAAAGGCUUAAGAAGGACUGUCAAUUCCAAGAACAUGGAUGAUUGGAUGUUACAUACAUUUCCGUCUCGGAGCAGAAUUUGUUUCCAUAAUUCAAAAAUGUAUCAAUGAUCAUAGCUGAAAAAAUAAUUCAUGUAAGGAGUUGAUAUCGAACAUCAUAUAUCGAUCUUCUUAGAAAUGUUUUAAAUCACUGCUUUUGUAAUGCACUUGUCUUUAUUUCAAUA